UGUUUCUCACUUUUCAGAUUAAACUUAAUCUCAGUGGCUUGAGCGCGGACAUGACUACCACUGACAUACUGCAGGCUCAAGUGAGGGAUGCACGGAAAGUUGUGUUCAAAUUGGAAGAGGAAAACAGAGAACUUCAAAGAAAGCUAGCUUCACUACCUGCAGCUGUUGGUAAGGAGAUACCAGCAGGUGAGAAAAGCACUGAACCAUCAAGUCUAGUGGCACAGGAAGCGCGUAAUGUCAAAUCUGCACAUGUCAAGGACUGUCCGAAGUGCCCUUCGUACAAAGCAAGACUUGCCAACUGUUCAGAAGAAUUAAAGGAACAAAGAGAACACAUUGAGCGCUUAAAAGAUGACCUCAACAAACUAAGGGCACAGCUGUCUGCAUCAAAGAAGGAAACUGCUUACGUUAAAUCAGAGCUGGCCUUGGCCGAGGCAGAAGUGAAAGAAGAGAGAUUACGGUCUGACACAACUUCAUCCAUUAAAGCCACCGUGGAUAUAACGGUCACCGCAUCCCAGGCUUCCUCCGAUCACGAUGAGGAGUCAGGAGAGGAACAGAUCAAAGAGAAAACAAAGAAGGCGUCGACGCUAAUGGUGCCAGGAAAGAAAACGAAACCAAAGGCCCUCAAAUCCCCGAAAAAACGUAAAAAGGUCAGCAAAACAAAUCAGGGAGGAAAGGAAGGCGAAAAAGAUGACGGUGAAGAUAAAGAAGAGGAAGUUGUCGAAGAAGGAGAUAAAAAACAAACGGGGCCACCCACUAAAACAGAAAAGAAAGGAUUUGGAAUGAAACGGCGUGACUUAGUAGUUGGUGGAUGUAGGGAAGAGAAGGCGCCUUACGUGAAAGUACGAGAGGCGAGAAUGGUCACGCUAGCCGACAAAGGAACCCAGACGAGUUACUAUGAUCGCAAGGCAUUAGAAGGAAACAGCCAGCGUCACUCUGUAGUACGGGAGCCACAGCAACGGCGCAAAUCACUGAUAGAAACCAUCAUGGCGGGAGUAACGCCCAGUGUUGUAGAGGAAGAAACAAAGACUGCCAUAAUGUUUUUAAAGGACGAGGCGGACCGACUGUGCGACGAAAUCUCUGGUUUUGCGGAGUAUGGUUUUGACCUCGUUCAACAAGGAGCAAAGACCACUCGAUUAUUGCUUGAUACACAUCUUGGUGAGAAAGCUACGGAACUGCUGGAAUCCUCCGACAAUGGACUGUCGAUAUCGGUAAUAAAUUAAAGAGAUGAAUAACCUAAC